UGUUGUCCUGCAUGAUUCAGUUUAACUCGCGGAGCGUCGAAAGUGACAUUAAAUUGCUCAUAUAUAUACAUAGUUGACCUUUUCUUUUCGCGUUGUUGGUAUAGUCGAGAGCGUCUCUCGAUUAGUAAUGCUUCAUUAAAUUCCGAUACUUACGUUACCAUAUUUAGUCGAGUAUUAAAAAAUUGCUUAAUUGUGUAAAUGAUUUGUUUUCGUUCGAAACAAAUACGAUUUGUUUUUUUUAUUUAGUUCUUUUUUUCUCUAGUCAAUUGGGACUCUUUCGGUUUGGUUAUUUUUCGUAUCGAAUGACUUUUGAGCUGUGAAAUAUUUAUGUGCAAUUGUUCUUACUAAAAAUGCUUAAAGAUUAAACAUAACGCUUCGUUUAGUUAAUCAUCAUUCUUCCUGCACAGCAAUUGGGAGCCGCGGUGGCACCAUGGCCAUCCGGGAUCACCUCCGUCGACGACAUGGCUCAUAAAGGGCAUAGCGGUGUGAACCAGCUAGGGGGGGUGUUCGUCAGCGGGCGUCCCUUGCCCGAUUCCACGAGGCAGAAGAUCGUGGAACUGGCGCAUUCCGGCGCAAGGCCUUGUGAUAUAUCCAGAAUUCUACAAGUAUCGAAUGGGUGCGUCUCCAAAAUACUCGGCAGGUAUUACGAAACAGGAUCUAUUCGUCCACGUGCAAUCGGCGGUUCAAAACCUAGAGUAGCGACUCAAGAAGUAGUUUCUAAGAUAUCUUCCUACAAACGCGAGUGCCCUUCAAUAUUUGCCUGGGAAAUUAGAGAUAGGUUAUUGCAAGAAGGAGUCUGCACUAACGAUAACAUUCCAAGCGUAUCAUCAAUCAACAGGGUAUUGCGUAAUCUAGCGGCUCAAAAAGAGCAAACCUGCUCCAACACGCCGGUCUCUAAUGGUAACGACAACGUAUACGACAAGCUGCGGUUGCUGAACGGCAACCAGACCACUUGGAGAUCUCCGACAUCUUGGUAUUCGCCCGGCAAUCCGGCCUUUCAACUGCAGCCUUUAAGUCCUCCCUCGAGCAUAUUAGCAGACGACAACAUAUCCAAGAAGGGAACGGAAAUCGACGGAAUCCACUCGGACGAAACGAAUUCGGGCGACAAUUCCAACGCCGGCUCCAGCAUAGGUCCGGACGACGAUCAAGCCAGGCUGAGAUUGAAGAGGAAGCUGCAAAGAAAUCGCACGUCCUUCACCAACGAUCAAAUAGACAGUUUAGAAAAAGAGUUCGAACGUACUCAUUAUCCGGACGUGUUCGCUAGGGAACGCCUGGCGGCGAAAAUCGGCCUGCCGGAGGCCAGGAUACAGGUGUGGUUUUCGAAUCGCCGGGCGAAAUGGCGCCGCGAGGAAAAAUUGCGGAACCAAAGACGCGGCACGUCCGUUCCGACGGAGCACCCGGGCCAGACGGCGUCGCCGCCUCGGCUGCAAACCUUCGUUAAUACCACCAUGUAUUCGCCGAUCGCUCCUCCCAUGUCCCUAUCCGAUACAUACAGCACGAUGUCGACGAUGUCCGGUUUCGCCCACGGGCCUCUGACUCCGGGCAUGGGAGCCUCCCCCGGCUCUUGUUUACAACAAAGGGAGAGCCCGACGAUGGGCAGUUAUUGCAUGUCGAGGCCCGGCUACGACAUAGGGAUCGGUUACGGUGCGAGACCGACGGGUUGCAGCCCCACGCAGCCCUACCAAAUGAAUGGCCAUCAUCAGUAUACUGUCAAUGGAGCGUCAUCAACAGGUUUGAUAUCGCCAGGUGUGUCUGUGCCUGUGGCGAUACCUCCUGGACAAACGGACAUGGUUUCCCCGCAACCGUAUUGGUCGCGAAUUCAGUGACCAUGGUGGAAUUAGAAUUAUCAUAAAUCAUCAUUAUUUGGCUAAUGAAAUAAAAAAUCGUUUUGCAUGAGUCCCGAUUUAAUAUUUGUACCUACCGACAUAUUUGAUUUUUUUGAUAUAUUUCGUGUAUUUAUGCCAAAAAGCCAAACAAGCCAAUGUUUUAGUGCAAAUUUUAUUCGAUAUUAAUUUUUUUAGUAAGUAUACUAAGUAUGGUUGUUUCGCGAAUAUUUUUUAAUGGCGUACAAUAAAAGUUUUUAAAUAAAUGAUGUACGUUUGCGUAAAAGUUACGCUCGACUGAAGUUUAAUUUCAUGUUUAACAUGUAAGAAGUUAAACUUCACACUUAACCCGUUUUUCUAAUGAAAUAUAUUGUUUUGAAAAGGAGUUAUAACCAUUAAAACGUUCUUUUUAUUGCUUUAUUGCAUAUCAAUCUGUGUAUAAGAAGGCUCAAAUUAUUAGAGUUGUAGGAAAUACUUGGAGUGCAAACAUUGUAAAAUGAUCGAUUUAUUUGAAACCAUUCCCUUCUAAUUAAUUUAUAAUAAUCAUCCGUAUUUUUUCUGUGAUUGUAAUU